AUGAAGCGCAACAUCGUCACGUGCUGCUUACGCAGUGUUUCACUACCCUAUCUAAACACCCUCACCCCUACCUCACAACCCUCACCCCUACCUCACAACCCUCACCCCUACCUCUACGUAUUCACAUAUACCUCACCCCUACCUCACAACCCUCACCCCUACUUCCACGUCUUCACAUAUACCUCACUCCUACACCACAACCCUCACCCCUACCUCACAACCCUCACCCCUACCCCACAACCCUCACCCCUACUUCCACGUCUGCACAUAUACCUCACCCGUACCUCACAACCCUCACCCAUACUUCCACAUCUCAUAUACCUCACCCAUACUUCACAACCCUCACCCCUACUUCCACGUCUUCACAUAUACCUCAUCCCUACCUCACAACCCUCACCCCUACUUGACAACCUCACCCCUACCUCCACGUCUCCACAUAUACCUCACCCCUACCUCACAACCCUCACCCCUACUUCCACGUCUUCACAUAUACCUCACCCCUACCUCGCAACCCUCACCCCUACUUCCACAUCUCCUCAUAUACCUCACCCAUACCUCACAACCCUCACCCCUACUUCCACGUCUUCACAUAUACCUCACUCCUACCUCACAACCCUCACCCCUACCUUCACGUCUUCACAUAUACCUCACCCCUACCUCACAACCCUCACCCCUACCUUCACGUCUUCACAUAUACCUCACCCCUACCUCACAAUCCUCACCCUACCCCACAAGCCUCACCCCUACUUCCACGUCUUCACAUAUACCUCAUCCCUACUUCACAAUCCUCACAACCCUCACCCUACCUCACAACCCUCACCCCUACUUCCACGUCUUCUCAUAUACCUCACCCCUACCUCACAACCCUCACCCCUACCUCACGAACCUCACCCCUACCUCCACCUCACAAGCCUCAUCCCUACUUCACAACCCUCACCCCUACCUCACAACCCUCACCCCUACUUCCACGUCGUCUCAUAUACCUCACCCCUACCUCACAAUCCUCACCCCUACUUCCACAUCUCCUCAUAUACCUCACCCCUAGCUCACAACCCUCAUCCCUACUACCACGUCUUCACAUAUACCUCACCCCUACCUCACAACCCUCACCCCUACCUCACAACCCUCACCCCUACUUCCAAGUCUUCUCAUAUACCUCACCCCUACCUCACAAUCCUCACCCCUACUUCCACGUCUCCACAUAUACCUCACCCCUACUUCACAACCCUCACCCUUACUUUCACGUCUUCACAAAUACCUCACCCCUACCUCACAACCCUCACCCCUACCUUCACGUCUUCACAUAUAUCUCACCCCUACCUCACAAUCCUAACCUCUACCUCACAACCCUCACCCCUACUUCCACGUCUCCACAUAUACCUCACCCCUACCUCACAACCUUCACCCCUACCUCACAACCCUCACCCCAAACUCACAACCCUCACCCCUACAUCACAACCCUCACCUCAACCUCACAACCCUCACCCUUACCUUCACGUCUUCACAAGUACCUCACCCCUACCUCACAACCCUCACCCCUACCUUCACGUCUUCACAAAUACCUCAGCCCUACCUCACAACCCUCACCCCUACCUCGCAACCCUCACCCCUACCUUAACGUCUUCACAUAUACCUCACAACCAUCACCUCUACUUCACAACCCUCACCCCUAACUCACAACCCUCACCCCUAACUCACAACCCUCACCCCUACUUCCACGUCUUCACACAUACCUCACCCCUACCUCACAACCCUCACCCCUACUUGACAACUCUCACCCCUACUUCCACGUCUUCACAUAUACCUCACCCCUACCUCACAAUCCUCACCCCUACCUCACAACCCUCACCCCUACCUCACAACCCUCACCCCUACCUCGACGUUUUCACAUAUACCUCACCCCUACCUCACAACCCUCACCCCUACCUCACAACCCUCACCCCUACCUCCACGUCUUGA